AUGGGAAAACUACUAGGCAAUGGCCCUUUCAUCCAUCGAGAUAUUGGAGUUCUUGGGAGAAUCUCCAAGGAGGUGUUCAUUGGCUAUGAUUACUCAUGUCUAACGCAACGAUUGGCCAAGUCACAUGCACUUAUUCAUAAUACUGGCCUACAUUUUCAUCACUUUUCGGUGCUUGACUUCGUAGUCUUCGAAUCAGAAGAUCUCGUCUACGAAUUCAUCAUUGGCCAUAAUCAACCUUUAACCCCAGAAAACGUGGGAGCUUAUCAAGACGAAAUGAGUGGUGAAACUGGCAUUCACCACCUUACCCAAUGGCUGAUCUCAUGGGAGCAGGAACAUGAACAGAGCCUUGCAUCGUGGGACCGGCGUGAAAAUAAGGAAAAAGAGCGAAGGAAUAUUGAAAGCCUCCUCCACGUGGGCAAUAUAGGCACGGUGGAGCGUCCUCCUUUUAUGAUCAUGGAUAUCAUGACUCAAUGGUGGAGCAAGACUAGGACGAAAAAGACUACACAGGCCCUGUUCCCGUCGGUACUAAGACAACCAUGUGCGACCAUUUACGCAUCGGACGGCACGAUUUAUGGAGAACGAGCAAAUUUUAUAAAACACGAAACAGAACUCCGAUGUUAUACUGCAGCUCCGGCGCUGAAAAUACCUGAUCCGUCAAUUGAAUCUCCAAUCCGCGCACACGACUUUUUCGUUCGCCGCAGCGAAAGAAGCAGGAUUAAAAUCGACGAGAGUAACAUCCCCUUCACGGCCAUUGAAGUAAGCAACGAAGGCACACAUAUACAUAGUAUUCUCAAUCCUCAUUUUCUCACCCCACACAAUCAGAGCGUUCAGUUCGCAGAAGGUGUAUGA